AUGUCUUCCGAUGGGACUGAGAAUGCAAUCAGUGUUCAUACAUGGUCUGAGUCUGGGCAAUCACGGUUCGAGGAUAGCCUUGUCACUACUGAAGAGUCAGUUUUGCCAGAGAAGGCAAUUAUCAGAGUCAGGCAAGCACAUUGGGAUGAAUUAUCAAGAAUUUGGGCCACCUGGGAUGAUAAUGAGAAGACAAUGUUCAGGGAAAUAUACGGAGACAUCGCAGAGCUGCUGAGAGUACCAAUAGAUUCAGUGUUGGUUCAGGCCCUGGUCAAAUGUUGGAAUCCAGCUUAUAGGUGUUUCACUUUCGAUAAAGUGGACAUGACCCCUACCUUGGAGGAAUAUACGGCUUUGCUGAACAUCCCGAAUGUUAGAAAGUAUUCCAUUUACACCAAGGCAAUCCGACCUAAGGGGUUCAUUACCAAGAUGGUCUCGCUGAUGGGAAAGACCAAGGAAUGGGUCGAAGAGUACAUUCGUGAUGAAAGGAUCUCCUGGGCUCAGCUGAAGAGUUUGAUUUAUGACUAUUUCCAGAAAGAAUCCCCACCAGCCAUCAUUGUGGAAACAUUCUUGUCACUGAAUCAAUGUAGACGAUUGGGAGAAGGUCAGUUCAUUGGAUGUACUUCACUAUUACUAGUUUGGUGGUGGAGCCACUCCUGGAUAGUUGAGAAGGGCUGGGCUCGGAGACAUCAAUCAAAUUUUUUGCCUCUGGUGGAUUUCCUUGACAAAUGUCAAAUCCCGGAGCAUCGCAAGAGAAAAGAUUGGGUUGAAGCUCUCCGUAACGUGAAGGAUACUGAGAUUGUGUGGAAGGCUUACUGGUUACCCAAAGAGGAUGUACUUUUCAGAUGUGGUAACGAUAGCUUUGUGAUGCUGCACGGAUUAUGGGGAGCAAUCGGGUAUACUCCGCUGAUUGUACUCAGACAGUUCAGUACCCGACAGUUCGUACCAGCUACCCACGGCUUGAAGGAGGCAGAAUUUUCUUUCUCUACUCCAGGUUAUCGAGAGCGGAUUUCAAAAAUCUAUACAGCGUGGCAGAAACCCCACUACAUGAACUUCAAAAUGAUAGAGCCUGGAUUCACACCAGCCUAUGAGGUUUAG